UCUGACAUGGCCGGCUGGCUCUGCCAAGACUGCCGACACUGUCAAACAGAUGGUUAAAAGGAGCAACUGAUAUCUUGUCAUGAUCGUGUGACUUGCUGUGUCUAUAUGUGGUUAACUUUAUAUGGAGCUUUAACUUUUAUAGUUGACAAUUCUCUUACUUAGACGCCCCCAGUUAUGUUGUGCAUAUAAAGCAGGGAAUUAUCGAAUAAUAGACCAAACAAAUUGAUACGCAUGACAAGCAGACAGGCGCCCCCAGCCAAUUGAGCCCAGCACACUGGGUCGCAGGUGAUAAAAAAGACAUUUGUAAUUAAAUACAAAUAUUGAAAUGGCAGCCCUUGACUAAAUAUUGUCACGUAGUUAGUUAGUUAGUUGAAAAGCCAACCAAAAAAUAAUGUGUCCCUGGGCCCACCAAGUGACAAUUAUUAUGAGGGCGGGGGGCGAAAAUGUUUAUUGGUUAUGACUCUAUGUCAUUUUAUAUAUAAACCAAUGGCUGGACAAACUAAAGCAUCAUUCUACAAUCAAACAACAAUUGAUCAACAUGGCCCAUCAAACUAUUAGUUGCUCGUUGUCCCUGCUCAUCCUUUUGGUGAUUGGCAUUACAGCAGAGCCCGCUAGAUUCCGUAGUCGUUCCUCACGUUUCCAACUGGCACGCCAGGAGGCAGCGGCAGAUCCCGCUCAGGAUCUAGCACCAACUGCGGCACCAGCACCCUAUCCACCAGCUGGUGUUACACCCGAGGUACCCUUCGAUUUGCCCACCGAAACGGAAGCUCAACCAGAUUUGACUUACGGGCCACCAGAUAAUACCUAUGGUCCACCUGCAGUGGAGCCUGAUAACACUUAUGGUCCACCCCCAGCUGCGGCUGCUGAACCGGAUAACAUUUAUGGCCCACCACCAGCCACCAAUGAUGCACCCAUUGAUGAUGGCUCCUCUGCUUCGCCUGCUGCAGCUGAAGCGAUUCCAGCAAAUCUCAUUCAGCCACGUAAUGGACGCCUUCGCAGUCGUCGCCCGGUGCCAGAGAAAUUGCGUUCCGCUCAAAUCAUUAGGGCCAAACCAAUUCUGGUCUAUACCAUUUAAAAGGGAAACUGCAGAAUUUGCAGCAUUUUGUUGUUAACAUAUAUUUUUUUUUUA